AUGGGGUUCAUAGUUGGGACUAUAUUCACCCCCACCCCCACUAAGGGUCGGGAUAUUACAGACUGGUGUAUGUUUUUGGCAACUCUUACAGAACAAGAACCAUGUUGUUUUGUCGCCCUGAAGAGGUGUGGUGACUUUGAUCAAUUUAAGCAGGUGGUGAGGGGUAACGUGAUAAGAUUAACCUUCGUGUCUGACGAACGCCACUCAGCAAAGGGAUUCUCACUCCGAUGGAAAGUUGUUCUUCCUAAAUCGCAAACGUACAGAGCAGUAAAAACAACAAUUACAACACCUGUAAUAACAACAACAUACGUAAAAACAACACCAGCAACAGGUAGAAAAACAGUGUCAACUACAAAACCAGAAAUAACUACAAUACCAGCAACGACUGCAGCACACGUAACACAAAGAGCAAAAACAGCAACGCCAGCAACACCCAGAACAUCCACAACAACAAUUAUAAAACCAGCAACAACUACAACACAAGCUCUAACUACAACAUCAGGAACGAAAACAACACCAGAAAUAACUAUAACACCCGUAACAACAACACAAGAAACAAUAAGAACAACAACACCAGAUACAGCUAGAACAGCAACUAUAAAACCAGAAAUAAUUACAAUACCAACAACAACUACAGCACCAGCAACAACUGCAACACUAGCAGCAACUGCAAUACUAGCAGAAACACCAGCAACAGGUACACUACCUUCAAUACAUACAUCCCCAACUCCUGCAACAGCUAAACAAACAGUAAUAACUUCAACACAAGCGACAACUACAUCACCAGCAACAACAAAAACACCAACAACACCAGCAGCAAUCACAACAACACCAGUAACAGACACCGCACCAGUAGCAGCUACAGGAGCAACAACAGCUACAGGACCAACAACAGCUACAGGACCAACAACAGCUACAGGACCAACAACAGCUACAACUAAAGCACCUGCAAUGAGUACGACUACAACAAUUGCAAACAGAAUCUCCGACAGCACGACUGAUGGAUACCUGCUUCCUGUUUUGUUGACAACGAAUGGAAUUUUCAUCAUCAUCCUUGGUUUUCUGGGAGUAAAACUAAAAAAAAUCAACCAUCUUCGUCGGGAAUCAAGAUACGUUUGUGCAAAUAUAGACAUCUCACUGCAGGAAAGGAGACAACCAUACCGUACUCUCAACACAUUACCUUUACAGGAGAGGGCCUCACCAAGAAACAGCGUUUGUUCAUAUGACUACAUCGAACCGGAUGUUACUAACAUUGAAGUCAUCGGCUAGAAAAUACUUUCAUCAUGCUUCUCAUGUAGAAGAAUAUUAUUUGAUGUACAUAUGUAUAUGAUUUGAAAUAUGUUUAGUCCAGAUAAUUUCGUUAAUAUGUACAUUCAUUUCGUUUUCUCCUUGACAUCUUUCCAUAUUGAAACUAAUGGUUAAUAUCAUAGACUUUCAACUCUUGAUAAAGGCUAAUUACUACAUAUGAAUAUACCCAUAUAUUGAGGUAUGUAUUCGCAACGUUGGAGAGUACAGCACGUGCUUGUUAUCAAAAAUUGAAAAUGUGCAACGCAGAGAAUGUAACUAACAAUGUAUUUUAGUUUUAAGGUCUCUUCACUCUUGUAUAUAAAUUUUACAUGGAGCACUCGUUAACAAUUUCCAUUCAAUUUAUUUGGUACAUCAAAUCUAUAAAUUUUUACUCAUUGUGUGUUUGAACAUAAAUCUGUGUAGUACAAUGUUUUCAUCACCAAUAAACAUUCCUGUAUUGUGUCAUAAAUAAAUGUAUCUAUGUAUG